GUUUUAUCUGUGAAAUCCUCUCCGCGGUCCUAACCGUGCAAGCGCAAACGAAUCCUUAGCGCUUUUACGGACGCGAUCAGCGUGCAACCCUCCGGCUGGCCAUCGGCUGCGUCCUCGUGCAUUUCAUCAAAGCAGCAUCCGGCAAAACAUUCCAAUUCGGUGGACUAUCACGCAUUUAUAUCAGGUGGGCGUCGAGAGAACGUGGACUCCUCUUUUGCAUCGUCCGACCGUGAGAGCGUAUCCUGUCAUCCGGAGAUCGUCGCAGACCUAAUGUCAGGCAUAGCGAUCGCCAGGCUCGCCGAGGAGCGAAAAGCAUGGAGGAAGGAUCACCCCUUCGGUUUUGUGGCUAGACCAACCAAAAACCCGGAUGGUUCUCUCAACUUAAUGAGUUGGGAAUGUGCAAUACCGGGAAAAAAAUCUACUCCUUGGGAAGGUGGAUUGUAUAAGCUACGUAUGAUUUUCAAAGACGAUUAUCCAUCGAGUCCACCAAAAUGUAAAUUUGAACCUCCGCUGUUCCAUCCAAAUGUUUAUCCAUCUGGUACAGUUUGCUUGUCGCUUUUGGAUGAGGAGAAAGAUUGGCGACCAGCUAUCACGAUCAAACAGAUCCUUCUUGGUAUCCAGGAUUUACUAAAUGAACCAAACGUCAAAGAUCCAGCUCAAGCAGAAGCAUACACAAUAUAUUGCCAAAAUCGUCUGGAAUAUGAGAAGCGUGUUAAAGCUCAAGCCAGAGCAAUGGCUCCACAAGAAUAAGCACAAAAAUAUCAAACCGAGAUACUUGAAAUCUGGGAAAAAUAUAUUGUAUGUGUGUGGACAAAACCUAAAGCUAGUCCAUUACUCUUACAAUUAACUUUUUUUUACAAAUAAAAUUAACAUAUAUUAUAACUAGUUAACUAGCUUAUAUUUUUAAAAUUUAUUUACCGCAUAUUAUUUUCAUUCAU